AGUCGCUUCCAAGUUCUUCCGCCACCUGUUACCUUCAGCUGUAGCGUCUGGAGUCGACCACGCCAAGUAACUGGGGAAGAGGGAGGGGGCGAAGCGCAUCCUCCUUGGAAGGACCCUCCCCCAUUCCGAUUCUGGGGGGGAAAGAGAAGACCACCCUAACUUCUAGACACCUUCCAGGUGGGAAGACAGAUUCUUCCCUCAGUCAAACAUCUCUAGACAAGGACUGGGAGAGAGAACUUCUACAAGGCAAGGACUCCAUAUAUGUUUAAGAGUGAAGCGCACCGGUUUGGCUUACUGAGACUUUGGAAGGGGCGGUGAUGGGGAAAGAACCCCUCUCCUUUCAAUCCAGAAAAUAAGCACGCCAUCAUCCACCCCAUCCCAAGAAACACUCUCCCAAAGGAAUUCGGACUUUGGAAACUUCCCCAUAACUCUGCUGUGAAGAGAAUCCCGAUCUUGCUACAUUUCAGGGGAGGCUGAGGCGGAGCCAGAGGCACCCCCCCCCACACACCCAAUCUUUCAUUGCUUUGAAACCAAGAAAUGCACGCUGCGACUCCCCAGUGAAAGAAAAACCAUUCCUCCCACCUUCAAGAGGCAGGCUACCGGCUCGCUCAUAAACAUGCACCCCGGUGGUUGUUAGCAUCCUCAGGAGACUGCGGCCCGCCAACCAGGCAGCCUCCAGCGCAGGACCGAACGUGGGAAAGCCCACCGGAGCUCGGGGAGAGGAGGAAGAGCUGGGGGGGGGGCAGCGGGGAGUUGAGCUGAGCAAGGCCCCCUCCAGGCUGGAGGAGCAACCAUGAAGCUCGAGGUCUUCGCCCCGCGUUACGAGGACAAGCUGAGCAGCAGCAGCAGCAGCGAUCAUGAAGGCAGCAGCGCGGCGUCUCCGCUGCCCGCCGAGAGCGAGCUGGGCUCGGACGGGGACUGCGCUGCCCUCAGCCCGGCCAGCGGCCGCGGGAGCUCCCCCAGCGGUCAGGGCUCGGAGCCCUCGCCUUUGCCAGGCGGCUGCAAAGCGGCGGCGGCGGCGGCCGGGAAGCCGUACACGCGUCGCCCGAAGCCUCCCUACUCGUACAUCGCGCUGAUCGCCAUGGCGAUCCGGGACUCCGCCGGGGGGCGCCUGACUCUGGCCGAGAUCAACGAGUACCUGAUGGGCCGCUUCCCCUUCUUCCGCGGCGCCUACACCGGCUGGCGCAACUCGGUGCGCCACAACCUGUCGCUCAACGACUGCUUCGUCAAGGUGCUGCGCGACCCGGCCCGGCCCUGGGGCAAGGACAACUACUGGAUGCUCAACCCCAGCUCCGAGUACACUUUCGCCGACGGCGUCUUCCGCAGGCGGAGGAAGCGGCUCAGCCGCCCCUGCCCGAGCACAGCCUCCCCUGCCCAGGCACAGCCGCCUCCGGAUUCAGCCUCCCCGAGCCCCCCCGGCUCCGAGCAGAAGCCGGCGGCGACUCCUGGACCCGGAGCAGCAGCAGCGGCAGCAGCCUCCUCUGCCGGCUCCAAGUUCUCCAGUUCCUUCGCCAUCGAGAGUAUCUUGAGCCGACCUUUCCAACCCUCCGAGCAGCAGCAGCAGCAGCAGCAGCGCCCUACAACUCCGACCAGCGAAAGGGCCGUGCUGUGGUCCAUCCCUUCGGGCUACUCUCGCCUUCUCCCCCAGACUCCCGUUACCUACUCGCUCAUCCCCACUUUCUCACCUGCUGCUGCUGCUGCUAAUCCACUCUACCCCUACGGGCUGCCCGAUCCCCUCCUGCUGGAAGGAUCCGGGAGGGAAGCCGUACUGCCCCCCAGCGAUCCCCACCAAUUCUUUCCCCUGCGGACCUCCUCGUUGCCCCCCACUUCAGAAGUGCCCGCCACUUCAGAGGCAGGGGUCCCACUCAGCGCCGCUCAGCUCUACUGCUCCCUCCGGCUGCCCGGGUCAUUGCAUCAGGCUGCCUCCUAUCGACCUUAUUCAAUAGAGACCCUACCAGUGUAACAACAGAACUAGCCAAGCCCCUCCCACAUGAAGGGGUAACUUCAGGACAGGACACGGGUCUCUACGCAUUUCUUAAAAUCCAGAGACUUAAAAAGUCUGAAGACUGUGCCUUAAUGAUGGAUUUUUCUUGGCGACCAAAAACAAAAGCCAUGUGGUUUGUACUGGAUCUGGACUUUCAAAUGGACCACAACGUGAUUCUUACUGAUUGGCUGAAGGAAAGUAGUUCCCUACCAAUCAUGGCUGGUUGUUCGACUGCUAGUAGGACUCAUUCAUCCAUUUCUUGCUGCUGUAAAGCGGUUUGCCAUUCACAAGAAUGUGUAACGCACAAAUUUCAGAUUUCAAGGAGGGGUUUGUUUUGUUCUUAAAUUAAUAUUAUUGCUAUGUUGAUAGCUGUGAGUGGAAGGCUGAAAUCCUUACUCCAUCAUAAUUAAGGGUUCAGUUUGCAAACUAGUUAAAAAGGUUUCAGCUUUGGGGGACUCAUACCUUAAACUUAAGCAAAGUUGCCAAUGUUUAAUAAUCCCCUGCGUCUUUAGCAGCCUCAACACGAAGGUCCGGUAUCUGGCAAAGACACAGAAGGAAAGAUAGUAAAAAGUUGGCAAUCCUAGUUAUGAGCCCCAUUGAGCUUAAUUGAAUCUGGUUCCACGAAAAUGUUUAAACUCUAGGCUUCAAAUUGGAUGUAGUGGGAUUUACUUCCGGGUAAAUAUGCAUAGGUUGUUGAGCUGUUAGAUUGUAAAUGAUGACAACCACUUGCUCAAGCAUAGUUCUAGAGAGAUUUGACGAGAAUUUAAAGCAGAUAAAUCAGAGAUGUGAACUCGUAAGUCCUUAUAAUCCUGUCGACAACACACAUAGAAGCAAGUUUUUGUGGUUAAGCUGACAUUAAAAUCCUACCCCAGCUUUAAACAUUUACGCAGAAGUAAGCCCGAGUGAUUUCAAUGGCACUUACAUCUGUGUAACCCUCUAUAUUCAGACACAAUUACGAUCAUGCCCCGCUGAUGAGCAUCCUGGUGACAUCAGACUCAGAGAGUACUAGAUAACUGAGCAAGAAAGUCAGUCUAAAUGUACUAAUGAUCGAGGCUUAAAUCGAUAUAAACCAAAAAGAUUGUGACCUUAGAUACUGACCAAUGCAGCCACGAUUUCAUUUCUAUACUAUUGAUCUGGUUCCUUUUAUCACCGAUUAUUCCUGGUUGAAUAAGGACUAUUGUAUCUGCACUUGUAAGUCUUUCCAGGCUCCGGGGUUUGCAGCCUUGCGUCUUGGUACCCCGUACCCGUGUACUGGUGCGAGUCUCACCUGACAGAGGGAAGGGGGAGGAGCGAAGCUAUUUAUACAUUUAAACCAUCUUCGUUUCAACAAGACAGGCUACCACUUUUUAAAUUAAUAUUUCUGUUUGAAUCAAAGAGCAACUUCGUUGAGGGGAGCGUUUUGUGCGCGCGGCUGCUGCCACUAGUUGAUUCUCCUCCCCCUUCCUCAAAAUAUUAGAGGAGCAACCUGAGGAUCCUAUCCUGAAGACACUUGAUCCGUUACUUUCCAGGGUAUUCUUAGAAGAGGGAUCCAAAGGGAAACCCCAAAAACUCACUGCCACUGGAGAGAAAGAGAGCUUUUAAAUAUAUAUAUAUAUAUAUAUAUGUGCCUGUAGUGAUGUGUGUGUGUGUGUGUGUGUGUGU